AUGCUCGCAGUUUUCUCUCGGAGACGACUCAAUGUCGCUCCAAAAGACUCCAUUUUCUCUCCCCACCAUUUUCGGGUCCUCCAAAAAGCCAUAUUGGCCCGGCAAUUCUCCACCGCGAACAGCCCACCAACUGUUUGCGAAAAUGCCUCAGACAAAUCCUUCACCGUCUCCUACCUCAUCAACAAAUGCGGGUUGUCCCCGGCCGCCGCCGCCUCCACAAAAAUCCGCUUAGACUCGCCGGAAAAUCCAGACGCCGUCCUGAACCUCCUCCGACAAUACGGAUUCACUAACGCCCACAUCACAAAACUCAUCACCGGUUGGCCCAAAGUCCUCUCGUCCUGCCCGGAGAAAACCCUCGCCCCAAAGCUCGAAUUCCUCCGGUCGAUCGGCGUCGCUCUACCCAUCCUGGCCCGGAACCUCUCCCGAGAGCCCUCCGUCUUAACCCGCAGCCUCGAACGAUUUAUCAUCCCUUCCUACAACUACCUCAAAGGAAUCUUGAAAUCGGACGAGAGAGUCGCCCGUGUUUUCUCGCUCGGCCCUUGCACGUUCGGGCGGUGCUACUCGGACGGGAUCCCGUCAAACAUAUCCAUGCUGACGGAGCGCGGGGUCCCGUUAUCGUCCAUCGUCUACAUGAUCACCCAUCCGCCAACCCUUCUCGUCUCCAAGAAAAGGCUCGAACGAUAUGUCGACAGAGCGGUUGCAUUGGGUUUCGACGUCUCGACUAGCGGUUUCGCCAAUGUCAUCGGGGUUUUCGUGGACUUGGGCGAAUCUAAUCUCGAGCGCAAGGUGGAGGUUUUCAAGAAAUGCGGGUGGUCGGAGGCUGACGUGGCGUGCGCCAUCCGCAGUUUCCCCAACUGCAUGAACGUGUCGGAGGAGAAAAUAGUCGCCAACAUGAGUUUUCUUGAGAACGAGCUUGGUUUCGGGCCGGGAGACGUGGCUCGGAGCCCGGUGCUCGUGACCAUGAGCCUCGAGAGGAGGCUAAGGCCGAGGUGUCUUGUGGUCGGGAUUCUUGUGGAGAGGGGAUUGGUGAAGGGGAAGAGUUUGGGGUUGAGCUCGAUGUUGAAAAUGUCGGAGGUGGAUUUCUUGAAGAGGUACGUGGUGAAGUAUGAGGCGGAUGUUCCCGAGCUUUUGGACAUCUAUCGGGGGAAGUCGAGCCCGCCACCCGUGAGGGGAUUUGGCUUGGUUUCCAGUGCUCAUGGGCAUGAGCCUCGAGAAGAAGCUAAGGCCGAGGUGUUUUGCAGGCCCGGCUCCUUGGGGAGGCAGCCUAGGCCCAUGCCUAGGGCCUCCCCUUAA